UGUUAAGUCACUGAACAACAACAAAACACACACACACACACAAAGAGUACAGCUCACAGUCUCCUGAGCAGUGACUCAGGGCGGCAUGUUGGGUGUUGUUGGAGGUUUCCUGACCUCUUGGUGCCGACAGAAGCAGGGAGAUGAGGAAGGUGAACGGUUGAACGAAGUGUAAAGGAGCUCCUGAGCAGUCAUGAGUAUCAGACAUGUUAGAAGGAGACCAUUCACCUGUGGACAGGACGGAGGAACACGGCAACCCGACUAAAGGCAAUGCGUCUUUAAAAUCAGCGCAGGAAAUCCUUCUAGCACGUGACCCUAUUAGCAGAGGAAAUACCAUCCCCGCUGACCUCAUCAGCACCCAGCCUCUACCUGCUGCAGUCCCACCAGCAGAGACCUCGCAGGAGGCAGCCAGGUUUAAGAAGCCUCAGUGUGACCUCCAAAAGCCCACCUGCCCACGAUGUGGCCUCACAGUCCCAGACCACAGGCCUGCUCCUCCCCCAGGCCUGAGCCGACUGCAGGGCUCCAGCUUGUCGGUGCACAGCAGCAGCAGCAGGAAGAGCAAGAGGAGUGCGAGGAGUGUGGCUGGCUCACACCAACCUACUGCUACAGCAACUGACUCUUGUUUACACCUGCUGCUGGCGUGCCUGUGGUGCCAGUGCUCCGUGCUGCUCCUGGGUCUGCUGGAGGCGUGCUCCUCCUGCCUCCACACCCUCUGCUCCUGUUGCUGCCACGCCUGCGCCCGCUGCUGCUCGGCCAUAGAGGAGGCGCCCGUGGAGGAGCUCAACUGCCAUGCCCACUGCCACUCGGUGCUGUUUGAGUCUUGCUGCGAGCCGACCGAGUGUCUUGAGUUUUGUCUGGAGUGCUGCGAGAUCUGCCAUCGCAGCUAGGACGCGGCUGGGCCAUCAGGCCUGAGGACUAAUAUACUAAAAGACGUGAUGAGACUGAAACAACAGACAUUCUAACCAACGUUGGAUUCACUAGUUCUGCAAUGACAUUUGUUUGUCAUCACCCAUCUAUCUACUAAUUAUUCUUACAACACAUGCUGCUAAAACCAAACUCUGAAUGGUCACUUUUCAAAGAGGGAAGAUGUGACUCCAGUGCGUCACACUUCUCUUCAUCAGUAAAGGCAAUUUUAAGUGCCUUUAUAAACUAAAGCACUUUGAAAUAAGUAAAACAUUUUGGGAAAUUCUCAUAUUUGUUUCUCUGUAAGUACUGAGCGGGGGCCAGGAUGUGAUUCAACGUUAGCUAAACUUAGCAUAAAGCCUGGGAGAAGGGAGGAAUGACUAGCCUGGCUCAACUAAUCCAACCCUCAACAUCUCUUAAGAUCACAAAUUACUGAACGUAAAACCACAAAUUGUCCUUUUGUGUUCAAUUAAGCAAACAAGAUACUCUACUGUUACUGUUAGAGGUUCUGUAUUUGCUAUGUAAAGAUAAAGUGGAGUGAUGGCGUCCUGAGCAGAGAAUGACGUCACCCUCCAGCUGUGUGUGUUGUGAUCUGAGCUUCUCUGUGGUUUGUUGUGGUGAGCCGGUCGGGCCAUACAUGCAUGUUAGUGUAUAUGUGCAUACCACUUGCGCAACUGCGCUCAUAAGGCGGUUACCGCUGACAUCAGGACGGUGUUGUCACAGAAGCGUAGCGCCCACCCUCUAAUUCCCCAUUAGUUAACACCAUUAGCUAUUUUAGCAAUGUUGCUGUCAGUGUUGCUCAGUCUUUUCCAAUGGAAGUAGUUAGCGCUCACUCUAAAAGUCACUGAAAGUUGAUGGCAUAUGCUUAUUUGCAUUAAUGGGAGAAUUUAAACUUUCAGCACAGCAUUAGAUUCAAUAGAAAAGAAUGAGAUGGGCCAAAUGGGAAACACUAGGCUACAACUGAAUUCCCAUGGCGAGCAGUGCCUCCUCUCCUCUUGCCCUGCCUGUCCUACACCUACUGCACGAUGCAAGAAGAGAGGGGGAGGAACCUGCACUACCGGUGGAAAAGCCGUGGACUGUGAUGACUCUGAGCAGCGUGCAUGGGAAUGAAUUACAAUAUACUAUAUUUUCUCUUUUCCCCUGAUGGUCUGAAUAAGUCGCUAAAUUUGUCGCUUGUAGCUUUAUAGAAAUAAAGUUGCAAACAGGGUCGAGAAAGUCCCCAAGUUGGCUACAAUGGCUGCCUUUGUUUAAAGCUGUUCACUGAGUUAGCACUGUUAGCUGCCGGCUCAGCCACCAGGUUGAGAACUGUGUUGAGCCCUUUUGCCCUAAAAUACACUGAGAUAGACACCUCAUUCACGUUAUAACGAAGUAAUUUUUUUUUAAAUAGGAUCAUCGGCACAUAGACCACAAAUCAGAUAAAAAUGGUGAUAAAUGUAAUACAGUUUUAGUGAGUGAUAGUCUAUGGCAGGUGAAUUACUGAACUUUGGACAGAUCCUGGUUAACUGAUUCCCACCCUUCCAGUCGUUAUGCUAAGAUAAACUAAGCUAAGCUAAGCUAAGCUAAACUAACAUAAGCUAAGCACAUCUUGGUGGGAUUAAGGAACAGUUUGACAUUUUGAAAAAUACACUUUUUGCCUAGAGUUAGAUUACAGGUUUCAUACCACUCUCAUUUUGUCUGUGAAAUAUGAAGCUACAGCCAAAAGACCAUUUUUGACCUCCUUGAAUCUUGUCAUCACCAUGAGGUUACCAGGCUAGUCGUAUCCCCCCGUUUCCAUUCUUCAUGCUAAGCUAACCGCUUCCUGGCUCCAGCUUCAUAGAUCAUUUAAAUACUGGCAUGAGAAUGGUGUCAAUCUUCUUAUCAAACUCUCUGGAAGAAAGUAAAUGAGCCUGUUUCCCAAACUAUUCCUUCAACAUCAGUGCAUUCUCAUCUCACUACAGCCACACUAACAAGAGGAAGGAAUAGAUUAUUAUGCAUUAUUUAUCUCCUUCUUGAUUUCGUGGGAAAUAGAUUCAAGGACCUUUUGAAAUAUUAAAAGAAACUGACAAGGUCAUUUAUUCUGCUCAUUAAAUCUCUUUGGAUAGCCAGGGUGAAUAAAAUUAAAGCUCAUUAAUACUCUAGUGUUGUUCUCGAUCACAUUGCGGCACAAUGAAAUGGUAAAUUUUGUAAUAAACAAGCAGAGAAACUUGCUGCACUGCAGCGUGUUCAAGCUACAGUGUGUUCAGGAUUCAGGUUUUAUUCUACAGAAAUAAAACCUUUUGUUUGUACAUCAAGUUGCAUUUAAUGACUUUGACCCAGCAGGACCCCGAACGAGCGGGGUCUACCUCUUUGCUCAGCUUUGUACGGGUUCUCAUGUUAUAAGAUUGCAGGUCUGACUUUUCCCUGCGCAGCUCUUUGCAGCUGAGGAACAGGGCGACAAAAAACCUGUCAGCUCUCUCUUGAAUCCCUUUUCAUAUUUGUCAUAUAAAGCACUUAGAACAUAAAAGGAUGCUCAUUCUCCCCAGAUCUCGGAAGAUCGAAGCAGGCUCCUUUAAAGCCGUCGUGUGAGUUGACAGCAGAGAGGCAGAGUAAACAGCCAAAAAUAAAACAAAGCAGCGAUAAAGACAACGCUGUCAAUCUGUCCAGGCGAGCCAAGAGGCUCAUUUAAAUCAUGUUAGAGCGAGUACAUCGAAUUUAAGUAUCUCUUUUGCCCACAACACAUUUGGAUUCUGCUGGUGACAAGAAACAGCGGUGACGUCCAAUUUAGAGCAUGGCGAGCAUACACCAACAAAUAAACACUCAGGUUUGUUCCACUUGUCCCCCUCAAUUUGUUAUACCCUUUACCCACAGCUGAUGUCUACCACCACAAAUCACAAACAGCUGGUACUGUCAGAGUGGAUUCAGGACCUACACGUGUUACAGCCACACAGUGAUGCGCUACUUCAAGAUGGAUGUUUAGGUUUGCAUUUGAGGUUUGAUUUGAAAUCACCACUAAAAUGAAAAAUACUGAUGAAAAUGAUGCCAGUGACAGUGCCACCGCUUUUGAUUUUACGGUUGUGAAAACAAACCAAAAAAAAAAAAACUAGCUCUGGAUAUAAACUUUUAAAUAUUUUGCUAACAGAUUAAUCCUUUUAAGUUGUGUUUCCAAGCGUUCUGGUCCAUCGCUUGUUAGGAUUUGCUGCUUUUUGUCCUUUUAUGUGUCGAUAAAUUAAUUAUCUUCAAUAUAUCUUUAAUUUCAAGACAUCACUGUGGGGUUCCGAGAAAUUGCUAUGAGCGUUUUUCUGACUUUAUAGACCAAACAAUUACUUUACAGAUGAAUUAAUAAUGUACAAUGAUUAUCAUUAGUUGUAACUCUAAACCUUUGUGCCUGUUUUUCCAGUAAAAUAACAUAAUGAAAUAUGAAUCACAAAAAACAAUUGUACUAAGAAAAGGCAAUCAAAAUUUGAAAUAAAAAGUCUAUUAAAAAAGGUGGUGAAAAUGGUGAAAAAUAAUUACAAGAAAUUAUUUAAACUUUUUUAUUAAUAAUAAUAUAUUGUUGCCCAUAUCUGAACCCCCAUUACUACUCUGUCCUGUUUUUAUUUUGGUGUGUGUUUGUGGGUUUUAAUUGUGGAGUUUACAUUCCACAGUUAAAAACUAACACGAUGGGUAUUUUAUAAACUGACAUUUUUUAUGACUACUUUUGCUGCUCUGCAUGUUUAGUAGUCCUGUUUAUGACUGUAUAUCUAGCUACUGUACUUUUAUUUAUUUAAUUUAUGCCAGGAACAGUCCCACUGAGAUUCAAAACCUCUUUUUCAAGGGAGUCCUGGGUGAGACAACAGCAUCAAGAAUUUCACAGAAAAGUACAAACAAACAGCAUAAAAUUUUUCAUACACAAAAACAGACUACAUUCUUAAAACAAACCAGUUAACUAAAAACAAUUAAUUUGAAUUCGGAGCAUUCAAUAGAGGUGGG